UCUGGAUAUAGGAACAAAUUUCAACCCAACACGCUUCAAUAUUCCCUCUCUCUAUCUCUUUUUUCUUUUUUUUUUUUUUUUUUCAUUCUCCUAAUAAUCUUAAUUCUUUGCUCAGAUCAAAUUUUCCGGCCGUCGUUUCGUUUCGGAAACUUCGGUUUCUCGUUUUCAUGGUGGAGUUUCCUUUCAAUUUCAAUAUUGAUUGAUUCUGUGAUGAUGAUGGAUGGAUGAGACUCUUAACUAAACCAGAAACUCCAAAAGGGAAAAGAAAAAAAUUUCUCUACUUGUGUAUUUGAUUUUGGGACAUUCUUCUUCUUCUUCUUCUUCUAGCUAAUGUAAAUUGACCCACUUCCAAAAAUUUUCUUGUAAUUCUUUGAGGACGAAAUUCCGGCUGUUCUUCGUUUUCUCAAGGAAUAUUCCGCAGUUUUUUGAUCUGGGUUCUUCUUAAUUUAUUGUUCAAGUUGUUUUUUGUGUUUUUUAAUUUUGUUUGUGACUUGGGUUUUGUGUAAUUUUUGACGACUCUUCUUCUUCUUCUUCCUUUCGACAGCCACUCUGAGUUUGGAUUCCUGAAAACGAUCGGUUAAACUUUUCUUCAGGAUCGAAUCAGAUCUAUUCUCUGUCAUUUGGGUUUCUUUUCUUUUUUGUUUCUUUCAAAAAAUUUCCUAAUGGAUUAUGACGAUUUUGCUUUUCCACCACUGGGUUUUCUCUGCAAUUUCUAGCGUUUUUUUUCCUCUCCUUUCUCUUUUGUUUAUUGUCAGAGUCUGGAAGUGGAAUAAUAAACUUCCAUCGUAGAUCCGUUUCUGUUUCCAGAGUUCACUACUGAAAACGAGAACUACAAGCGUUUUUCUUUUUCAGAUUGUUUAUCGGGAAGAUAACCUUUCUCUCAAUCAAUCUUCGAUUCUUCUAAACAACUCUAAAAAUGGUUCGGUUGGAUUUAGAUGAUUUCCGAACUAUAUUAGAUACAGCCGGUGUCGAUGUUUGGACUUUCAUCGAUACAGCUAUGGAAGUCGCUUCAUUGGAUUAUGGUAAUCAAUUGAAGAAUCGGAGAGAUGGAAUCGUCGAGAGGCUCUAUGCGUUGACUUCGCCGCCGUCUCGAUGUCGGAACUGUGAUACGGAUCGCAACCAUGACGGUCGCUCUAAUGGCUGCGAAAUCAAACAGAGCCCCGGUGAGGUGAAGGGAGCUUCCCCUUCGACGCCGCAGUUUGUUGCAGUGGACGGAGAUGAUGAUGGAGUAGACCCACAUGGAGGUUUGUUUGAUGAUGAACAGAAGAAGGUUUUGGAAAUUAAGGAGCAGCUCGAAAUUCCUCACCAGCCUGAAGAUGGUUUGGUUGAACUGCUUCAAAACUUAGCAGACAUGGAUAUAACAUUCCAAGCUCUCAAGGAAACUGAUAUUGGAAGGCAUGUGAAUCGGUUGAGGAAGCAUUCAUCUAACGAUGUUCGACGAUUGGUGAAACAUCUUGUCAGAAAAUGGAAGGAGAUUGUGGAUGAAUGGGUCAGGUUGAAUCAGCCUGGGGAGCAAACAGCUACACUCUUAGCUGAUGGUGAUUCACCCCAGCAAAAAGCUCCUCAAAAUGGUUAUCAUCAGGUUCCUGAUUUUGCAUACUCUCCGAAUCCACACAAUGGAGGUUCUGGGUCUGAUCGAAAUAACUCAGAACCGGAACCGAAGGGAAAAUCCGUUCCAAGAAGAGAUGCUCCGCCUAAACCAGCACAACCAGCUCCAACAUCGUCUUUAACUCCUCAAAAUAGACAGAAAGAACAACAGAAAGAAGCAAAUUUUGAUUCCCAAAAGCUUGCAUCAGCUAGAAAAAGGCUUCAAGAGAAUUAUAAAGAAGCUGAAAAUGCUAAAAGGCAAAGAACAAUCCAAGUCAUGGACAUCCAUGAGAUCCCAAAGCCAAAGAAUGCCUUCUUCUCGAAGAACAAAGGCAGCGGCGGUGGUUCUCAAGGCAGACACUGGUGAUAUUUGGCAAUGCAGUAAAUGCAAACAUCUUCUAAAUUAGGUUCUCCGUAAUCGUCGAAUUGGUUUAUCAUCAUCCUUUCUAUUUGUUACAUCUUUUGAUCAUUAAAUUCUUAACUUCUCUAUCAAGUUUAAAGAGAAUCAAAUACUACUUUUCACGUAAAUUUUCUCUUAAUAAGCAAUGCUAAUACUGAUAUGUUGUUCAUCUA